AUGGCAAGUCCAGAGCUUGCCAUCGCCAAGGCCGCCCUAUCCGCCUCUCUCUUCCGCGCGGAUCCUUCAUCAAUAAGCCGCCCGUCCGUCGAUUCUUUCAUCCAACUCAUCAACUCGACACUCGCGCAGUGCUCCCGUCCCAACGUUCAGAAUUGCAAAGACUACAUCGCCAGCAACAUUUCCCACUCGACUGGCCGGACUACCUCUCUUGCAAAGUAUCUCGUGGCGCUGGCAAAGUCCCAAAGCGACAACAGCUCUCUGCCUCGUCCCAGCGCAAAACGCCGGCGUCUGCAUCUUCUCUACAUUGUCAGCGACGUGCUGCACCACGUUGUCGUACGGAAGAACAACCGGGAGCUCAGCACACCAUGGGAACCUUACCUUGGCCCCCUCUUCGGGCUCGCCGGCUCGCUUGACAAUGGCCCCAAGCACAUGAAGAAGCUGGAGAGCCUGAUUGAUCUGUGGCAAGAGAGACAGUAUGUCGCCGAAUCACUGAUACCAAAGUUGAAAGACGCUCUCGCCUCUGGCGCAUCCUCUGGUCCAGCGCCCGAAUCGGAAGCAGAACCGACAUCGAUCAAACUGGCCAAGGAGGCGCCUUAUAUCCUGCCCUCCUUCCACGGCGAUUCCUCCACAGCCUGGUACGACCUCCCGGCCGCAACCUGGCUCCCUCAUCUAGUGCCGAAUUCCACGAAACCCAUGUUGCCGGACCUCAUCCGGCCCAUCAAACUAGCCCCGGGCCCUGCUGAUGAAGCGCUCGUCGCUGCUGUCAAGGGUCUGCUGACCGAUGCAGAGAGGAUAUUCUCCAAAGACUGUGUCCUAGACGACGACACCCGGGUGGAUAUCAACGAGCUGGGGGAACGGGUGGUCCUGGACGAAAUCACGGGGGACGUCAUCAGCGGAGAGACGUACUACGGAUGGUCCAGGCAAUUUUGCCAACGAAUGAAAGACCGCAAGAAGGGCAACCGCGACGAUAGGAGGGGCCGCUCGGAUUCGCGCUCAUCCUCCCGUUCCCGCGAUAGGGGCUUUUCGCGAGGACGGCGACGCCGCAGCACUUCCUCGUCUUCCAGAUCGUUCAAGCGCCGGCGCGUCUCUCGCCCAAGAAGCCGUAGCAGAAGCUACACUCCUAGCAGGUCGAGGAGCCGUGACCUUGACCGCGGCGGUGAUCGCAGCCGCAGCCGCAGCCGCAGUCGCAGUCGCAGUCGCAGCACCCGCGGUUUCGGCCGGCGAUCCCGCUCCCGAUCCCGCUCCCGCUCCCGCUCCCGCUCCCUCUCCCGCUCCAGAUCUUCGCCCCGCUCUCCCCAGGUCCGGGACGCGCCUUUCGAUCACGAAACCCAUUUUCCUCCAUCCACCAUGCCAGACUUCGACAUGUCGAUGGCUCCUCCUCUGCCCCCUCCGCCCCCCCCUCCCGCAGGUUAUCAGGGACCUUGGCCUCCCCCACCGCCGCCUCCCCCCCCAAACAUGAGUGGCCUGGUACCGGGCUGGGUGCCUGAUCCGGCUUUUGCAGCCCAGAUGUUGGGUGCCUGGAACACUGGCCAGAUGCCCUGUCCUCCGCCCUCGCAACCCCACUACAACAAUCAUUUUGGCCAAAGGGGCGGCGGCGGCGGCGGCGGCUUCGACGGUGGGUAUAGAGGUCGUGGAAGAGGCCAUCACCGUGGAGGUGGGGGAUAUGCAAGGGGCCGGUGA